AUGACAGCAACGUUACUUGCUGGUCUUAUUGGCUUUUUAUGGGACAGACUGUCGUUGAUACCAUGGUAUAUUUUAACGAAUCAGAGGAGAAAAGUCGAGUAUCAAACUCGGCAGAAAUCCAAGCUUAUGCCAGGCGAAGAGAACAUUUGGAUGUCCGGCGAUACAGAGAGAGUUAUUGAGACAUACUAUUAUGGCGAGCGCACUAUGGACAAGGUCUUUCUGAAAGCGGUCGAAAAAUUCGCCGAUUUGCCCGCUCUCGGAACGCGAGAAUUGCUUCAAGAAGUGGACGAGGUACAGCCAAAUGGCAAAGUCUUCAAGAAAGCUGUUUAUGGCGAGUACAAAUGGAUCACUUUUCGAGAGUUCGGCCAGAAAGUCGAUCAGUUCGCAAAAGCGCUGACUGAAAUUGGCGCCAAGAAAGUCGCAAUUUAUAUGGAAACUCGUGCUUGCUGGCAAAUUGCUUGCCAAGCGUGUUUUCAGCACAACAUAGACAUUGUCACAGUUUACGCCUCACUUGGAGACGAAGCGGUCUCCGCUGCUCUGCAAGAGGCCGAAGUAGAUUACUUAUUGACCUCAGGUGACCUAGUCAACAGGUCGCUCGUUGGUGUCCUCAAAAAAGUGCCCUCGUUAAAGGCUGUUGUUUGGGCGCCAUUUGACUCAUUUUCUGCUAAAUUGAAAGUCAAGCAAGAAGAUUACCCGAAUACUAAAAUCAUCGAAUGGGAAGACAUGUACGCGAUCGGGAAGAACUCGAAAAAGCCAAAACCAGAUGGGCCGACUCCAGAAACAGUCAGCAUGAUUAUGUACACAAGCGGCACUUCUGGCAAACCUAAAGGAGUAAUGAUCAGGCAAAAAGGAAUGGUCGCGGCAUGCUCUGGAAUUGGCGAGCGAAUUCAAACUGGGCAUCGCUUUAGUCCUGACGACACUUACAUUGGAUACCUGCCACUUGCUCAUAUCCUUGAAUGCAUGGCUGAGAGUUGUGUCCUUUGGAAUGGAACUAAAAUUGGCUACAGCUCUGCCCUUACGCUAACUGAUUUAUCAUCAAGGAUUAAAAAAGGCAGUCAAGGUGACGCUACUGUAUUGAAGCCUACACUGCUUGCCGCGGUUCCGGAAAUUCUGGAAAGAAUUCGAAAAGGGGUCCAAGGAAAAGUCAAUAGCGGUUCUGCUUUCGGGAAAUGGCUCUUCAAUUUCGCUUACGAUUACAAAGUCCGUCAGCUUGAGAUCGGCCGUGACACUCCUAUCCUUAACAAACUCAUUUUCUCCAAGACCUCAGCGAUGAUGGGAGGAAAACUCAGACUUCUUCUGUCUGGAGGAGCUCCACUAGAAGAAAAAACGCAGCGCUUUACCCAGGCAACUCUCUGUGCUCCUGUUCUUAUCGGUUAUGGAUUAACCGAGUCUUCCGGAGGCGUUGCUGUUAGUGACUGCUUCGAUAAUCAAGUCCGUCGAUGCGGAGGAGUCAUCGAUACACUUAUGGUCAAGCUCGCUCCUUGGGAAGAAGCGGGAUAUUUUCCGACAAACAAUCCUCCACAGGGAGAAGUUCUUUUCGGAGGACCAGCUGUGACAGUAGGAUAUUUCAAAAUGCCAGAAAAGACUGCAGAAGACUACAUUACUGAUGAACAAGGACGAACUUGGUUCAAGACCGGCGACAUCGGCCAGUUCGACCCAGAUGGAGCGCUCCGAAUCGUUGAUCGAAAGAAAGACUUGGUUAAACUGAGACAUGGAGAGUACCUUGCACUUGGAAAAAUCGAAGCAGCGUUGAAGACUUCAAAAUACUUGACGAACAUCUGCGUUUUUGCUGAUCAAAAUGAGCUCUCGGUUGUUGCCGUCGCCGUUGCUAAAGAAGACGAAGUCCUCAAAGCAGCUACGGAAAUGUUCGUCUCUGGCGACUUUGAAGCAGUUUGCAAAGAUGAGAGGAUUAUAAAGAUGAUCACCGAAGACGUUUGGAAAGUAGCAAAGGAGAUUAAAUUGACAAAACAAGAAAUUCCAUCGAAAAUUUUCGUGGAAAGCUUACAAUGGCUGCCCGAGACUGGACUCGUUACUGAUGCAUUUAAACUCAAGAGAAAGCCACUGAAUGAAUAUUACGCGAAGCAAAUUAAACAGCUGUACAAAAAAUGA